AUGUUGUUGAAAGGUGGGGAGAAACCCCGACCCAGAGGGGCGUCAUGGGUGUGGAGGAAGAAGCUUUUGCGCUUCGUCGUCGCCAUCUGCUUGGUCGGUGGCUUUACAUUCCUGCUGUGGCCUCAUCUCGGCAGGGAGAAGAUUGUUAUGGAGGAUCCGGUUUCCAACAUCACCGUUACCUCGGGUGUUCACUGUGAGCCCGACUUCGAACUUCUCGCCCGCCUCGAUAUUAAAAAACUCUCUGGCUAUGUGAAACGGGAGAUUGUGGCUACGCCGACCUCCGACACGUUACCAAUUAGACAACAUCUUGACACACCUCUGUUCGAACCACUCGAGAGCCCCAACCCCGUCUCCACUCCGCAAUCGCAGGACGAUUGCUUGAUCCCGAAGCCGGUCUCUUUACAGGUUCCGAAGCCUCCGGUCAGGGUGGAUGCGUCGCAUAUCGACUUCGGUGUGGCAACAACGUUGGGUCGGUUGAACGACUCGAUAGACGCAUUUGCCCACUGGGCCGGUUAUACCCAGACUCGCAUUUUUGCUCUCAUUGAGCCGGAUAAAGAGGAGCGGAUCAAGGAGGUCCAGAUGAAGGCAGAUGCGUUGGGAAUCAACUUGUUUGUGGAGGAAUCCGAUGAAGAAUAUCAACGUCGAUACUUCUCAUUGGUCGCCCACCUGGAACACAACAUGCAGCGAAAGACACAGUGGUCCUGCGUGAUUGAUGACGAUACGUUUUUCCUGUCGAUGCCGGAACUGGUGAAGGCACUCGGCGAGUAUGACGCACGUCAGCCCAUGUACGUCGGGGGUCUGUCGGAGAGUAUCCCGCAGGUUGGCGCCUUUGGUCUGAUGGGGUUCGGAGGCGCCGGCGUCUUCAUGUCUCGGCCUCUUAUUCAGCAAAUCAGCGAGCCGGCCAUUUUCAACGACUGCCUGAAUACCGGCCACACCGGCGACCGGAGAAUUUCUCUCUGCGUCUACCAAAACACCCCCACGCGGCUGACCAUCAAUCACCGCCUGCGCCAACUGGACAUGACGGACGACGUAUCCGGCUUCUUUGAAGUCAAUCGCCUGCCGCCUCUAUCCGUUCACCAUUGGAAGUCGUGGUUCCAUACCGACAUGGCCAAGCUCAGCGUGAUCGGCGAGCUUUGCGGCGAUGGCUGUCUUCUACGCCAGUUUGAAUUCGGAGAUGGGUGGAUCCUGACCAACGGUUUCUCCGUGAUGAAGUACAGUGUUGAUCUCGAUCCGAACGACCCUUCGAUGGAGGUGACCUGGGGUGGUCAGAAUGGCGCGAACAUCGAUUCGUACCUUCACGAGCUUGGGCCCUUGCGCCCCAAGGACAAUGAUAAGUUCAGCUACGCGAUGGUCGACACCGUCCUGGACGGAAACAAGGUGCGACAAUACUACGUCCACCGUGACCCCGAGAAGGGAGAUCAGCUCCUGGAAUUGAUCUGGCGAGCUUGA